CUUACAGAAUGCAGCGUGUGACUCCCCUGGGGAUUCUGUCACUUGUUCUGAACAUCAUGUGUGGAGCUUUGAAUCUCAUUCGAGGAGUUCACCUAGCAGAGUAUUCGUUUCAGGAGGACCAUGAAGGAAUUGGAAAUGUGAUAGCUUUUUUUCUACCUUUUCUAGCCUGUGUUUUUCAGUGUUACUUGUACCUCUUCUACAGCUCGGCGAGGAAGGUGAAGACAUUCGUACUCUUCUUCUCCGUUUCUUUAUGCAACAUUUACCUGUACGGAUUGCGGAACCUCUGGCAAAUAGCCUUUCACAUAGGAGUGGCAUCUCUUGCUUCUUACCAGAUACUGACAAGGCAACUUAUGGAGAAACAACCUGACUGCGGAGUAUGAAAAAGACUUUGGGUUUGCUACUCUAUUACAACUCUUUUUUUUUUUUGGUAUUAAACUGGCC